AUCGACACGCCGCAAGAAAUCGACUCCUGAAAUUCCUGCCCUGAACCCUUUGCCGAGCUAAACAGACAAACUACAAGUGCUUUUUGGGGGUAAUUCCUGACGAUUUAGGGAUGUACUGACGGACGGAGACGAUGAAGAUAAAAGUAUAGCAAUAAGAUGUGCUUGGCCUGGAGGGCAGCAACAGAAGACGGUGAAACUACCGUGGAGGGGAGCAACAGAAGACGGUGAAACUACCGUGGAGGGGAGCAACAGAAGACUGUGAAUCUACCGUGGAGGGCAGCAACAGAAGACCGUGAAUCUACCGUGGAGGGCAGCAACAGAAGACGGUGAAACUACCGUGGAGGGGAGCAGCAGAAGACGGUGAAACUACCGUGGAGGGCAGCAACAGAAGACCUUCUCAUGGCCUGCCAGUCUGUCUCCAUCAUCAACAUGGACGAGCAGGCCCUGCUGGGGCUCGACCCUAAUGCAGACGCCUGCUAUAGGCAGAAGGCGAUGGUGUAUUUUGAGCAGUUGAAGGAGUCCCAGGAUGCCUGGGAGGUGUGUGCAGAGGCCCUGGCUAAAGGCAUUUACAGUGACGACCAUGUGAAGUUCUUCUGUUUCCAAGUCCUGGAGCACCAGAUCAAGUACAGGCAUGGAGGGCUCAGUCCUGCCCAGCAACAGCUGAUCAGAGAAACCCUGAUGAAGUGGCUACAGGGUCAGUUAAUGAACUCCCAACCAGAGAAGCCGUUCAUCCGUAACAAGGCAGCCCAGGUGUUUGCUCUGACCUUCGUGAUGGAGUACCUGACCCACUGGCCCAAGUUCUUCUUCGACCUGCUGUCUCUAGUGGGCCUGAAUCCGCACGGGGUCGACGUCUACCUCAGAACACUGAUGGCUAUCGACGCUGAGGUGGUGGACAGAGACAUCCUGCACUCCCCUGAGGAGGUUCGUAGGAACACAUUAAUAAAGGAUGGUAUGAGGGAGCAGGUCAUCCCCAGCCUGGUUGAGUCCUGGUACCAGAUCCUCGGGGCCUAUCAGCAGUCUCACCCUGAGAUCACUUGUCAAUGUCUGGAGGUAGUGGGGGCAUACGUCUCCUGGAUAGACCUCAACCUCAUCGCCAACGACAGGUUUGUGAACCUGCUGCUGAGUCAGAUGUCUGUGGAGGACCUGAGAGAGGAGGCGUGUGACUGUCUGUUUGAGAUUGUCAAUAAAGGAAUGGACCCGACAGACAAGACCAAGCUGGUGGAGUCCCUCUGUCAGGUCCUGCAGUCGGCUGGCUUCUUCAACGUGGACCAGGAGGAGGAUGUGGACUUCCUGGCUAAGUUCUCCAGGCUGGUGAACGGGAUGGGCCAGUCUCUGGUUCUGAGCUGGACCAAACUGGCCAAGGGGGGCGACGUGAAGGCAGCCGCCGAGGCGCUGCGUGCCCUCGAGACCAAGGUCCCUCUGCUCCUCCAGCUGCUGGUCCACGACGACGACGACAUCUCAGCCAACAUCGUAGGCUUCUGCUACGACUACCUGAACAUACUCAAACAGGGGUCCGAGUGGCAGAGUCACAUGCCUCAGGUAGGGAGGAGAGGAGGACAGGAGGCCAUUGAAGAGUCCUGGGACUCAGACAAGUUUCCGCUGCUGACAGACCAACAGAAGACUCACGUUGAGGACAUCAUGUUGGCCGUCAUGAAGAAACUAACUUAUGAUGAAGAGUACAACUUUGACAACGAGGGGGAGGAUGAAGCGAUGUUUGUAGAGUACAGGAAACAGUUGAAGAUGCUGUUGGACCGCCUGGCUCAGGUGUCUCCUGACCUGCUCCUGGAAGCUGUAGGCAGAGUCUUCAACAACACCAUACAGCGUUGGCAGACGGCGUCCUUCAUGGAGGUGGAGGUGGCCAUCAGGCUGCUGUACAUGCUAGGAGAGGCUCUGCCUGCGUCUCACGGAGCUCACUUCUCUGGCGACACGGCCAAGACCUCCGCCCUGCAGGACAUGAUGAGAACGCUGGUCUCCUCUGGUCUCAGUGGUUACCGACACACGUCUGUGUCGCUGGAGUUCUUCGAGACGGUGGUUCGUUACGACAAGUUCUUCCUGGUUGAACCUCAGCACAUUCCCAACGUCCUGAUGUCCUUUCUGGACCAUCGGGGUCUGAGACACAGCAGUCCUAAGGUCCGUAGCAGAGUGGCCUACCUCUUCUCACGGUUCGUCAAGACACUGCAUAAACACAUGAACUCCUUCAUUGAAGACAUCCUGUCCAGGAUACAGGACCUGCUGGAGCUAGCUCCUCCUGAGAACGGUUUCCCUGCGCUGCUGACCAGCGAUGACCAGCUGUUUAUAUUUGAGACGGCGGGGGUGUUGAUCGUCCACGGAGAGAGUCCCGCGGAGAGGAAGCAGGCUCUGAUGAGAUCCCUACUGACCCCGUUGACCGACGCCUUCCGUCUGCUGCUGGCCAAACUGGCCUCUGAGAGGGAGGAGGAGAGGCAGGCUGCGCUGGCCGACUGUCUGAGUCACGCUGUUGGCUUCGCUAGUCGUACCAGUAAGGCGUUCAGCAACAAGCAGACAGUGAAGCAGUGUGGAUGUACUGAAGUCUACAGAGACUGUCUGCAGAGCUUCCUGCCUGCACUGAGCUGUCCUGUCCAGAGGGGGUCUCUGCGUAGCGCUGUCCGCUCCUUCCUGCACCGCAUGAUCAUCUGUCUCGAAGAAGAGGUCCUGCCCUUCGUCCCUGCGGCAUCGGAGCACAUGCUGAAGGACUGCGAGGCCAAGGACCUUCAGGAGUUUAUACCCCUCAUCAGUCAGAUCACCGCUAAGUUCAAGGACCAGGUGUCUCCGUUCCUGCAGCAGGUGUUCAUGCCUCUGGUCCUGGCCAUCUUUGAAGUGUUGUGUCGACCUGCUGAGGACAACGACCAGGCAGCAGCUCUGGAGAAACACAUGUUACGUAGAAGCUACUUCACCUUCAUACAGACGAUAACCUCCAGUGGGAUGAACGAAGUCCUGGCCAACCAGGGUGUUGAGAACGUAGAGCGGGUUCUGUUCACCAUCAUCCAGGGAGCUGUCGACUUCCCCGACCCCAUCGCCCAGAAGACCUGCUUCAUCAUCUUGUCCAAGCUGGUGGAACUCUGGGGAGGUAAAGACGGUAUGGCUGGUUUCCCAGACUUCAUGUAUAAACACAUCGUCCCAGCAUGCUUCCUGGCUCCUCUCAAACCAUCCUUUGAUCUCACAGACGCUCAGACCGUCCUGACGUUGUCAGAGUGUGCUCUGACGUUGAAAAUGAUUCAUCUCAGAAGGGGUCCGGAGUUUAUCCAGUACCUUCAACAGGAGUACCUCCCUUCUCUACAGGUGUCACCUGACAUCGCACAGGAAGUGUGCCAAGUGCUUCAGCAGCCAGAUGCCAAGGUCCUCAAAAACUACAUGAAGGCUUUCUUUCAGCGAGCCAAACUGUAAAUACGAACCGAGCUGGAAGGAUUGAGAGAGGACACUGGAAACUAAGAGAAGACUGGUAGUGAGAUAGUACCACUCACUACGGACAGCCGGACAGAGAGAGAGACGGACGGAGAGUUUAGCAUAGGAGCGGCCUUAGCACUUCUGAAGGUAACUGCAUAACCCCGCCCAUCCUGUCCACGUGGGAGGGAACGGAGCCAAGACACAAGGACACGAGUGGUCAAGGAGGCUGACCACACCCCCCUCCACUGAUCCAGGCCCAAUCCAGGACCUGCUCUCCAUCUGGGGUGGCACCCUGGUCAAGUGAAGAUGUGAUUGGUUGGAUUCUCUGCAAGACAGGAAGUAAACUAGAGUAUUAGAGGAAGGCUUAUGGAACGAGGCUUCCAUAGUAGAAUACCAAGUAUCCUUUAACAGGCCUGAGGUCUGUCUGUUGGUAAUGAUCCUUUAACAGGCCUGAGGUCUGUCUGUUGGUAAUGAUCCUUUAACAGGCCUGAGGUCUGUCUGUUGGUAAUGAUCCUUUAACAGGCCUGAGGUCUGUCUGUUGGUAAUGAUCCUUUAACAGGCCUGAGGUCUGUCUGUUGGUAAUGAUCCUUUAACAGGCCUGAGGUCUGUCUGUUGGUAAUGAUCCUUUAACAGGCCUGAGGUCUGUCUGUUGGUAAUGAUCCUUUAACAGGCCUGAGGUCUGUCUGUUGGUAAUGAUCCUUUAACAGGCCUGAGGUCUGUCUGUUGGUAAUGAUCCUUUAACAGGCCUGAGGUCUGUCUGUUGGUAAUGAUCCUUUAACAGGCCUGAGGUCUGUCUGUUGGUAAUGAUCCUUUAACAGGCCUGAGGUCUGUCUGUUGGUAAUGAUCCUUUAACAGGCCUGAGGUCUGUCUGUUGGUAAUGAUCCUUUAACAGGCCUGAGGUCUGUCUGUUUGUAAUGAUCCUUUAACAGGCCUGAGGUCUGUCUGUUGGUAAUGAUCCUUUAACAGGCCUGAGGUCUGUCUGUUGGUAAUGAUCCUUUAACAGGCCUGAGGUCUGUCUGUUGGUAAUGAUCCUUUAACAGGCCUGAGGUCUGUCUGUUGGUAAUGAUCCUUUAACAGGCCUGAGGUCUGUCUGUUGGUAAUGAUCCUUUAACAGGCCUGAGGUCUGUCUGUUGGUAAUGAUCCUUUAACAGGCCUGAGGUCUGUCUGUUGGUAAUGAUCCUUUAACAGGCCUGAGGUCUGUCUGUUGGUAAUGAUCCUUUAACAGGCCUGAGGUCUGUCUGUUGGUAAUGAUCCUUUAACAGGCCUGAGGUCUGUCUGUUGGUAAUGAUCCUUUAACAGGCCUGAGGUCUGUCUGUUGGUAAUGAUCCGACAAUGACCUGAACACAAUCUAACGAUUAGGAUUUUUUUGUUUAUAAAAAAAAUGUAUUUUUUAUUUAUUUUUAUUUUUCGUUUUCAAGAUGUCUUUCAUUUGAGUGGUUGAACGUGGAGGUUUUGUUUCUCUUUGCCCUGUGAAUGAAUUGAUGGACUAAAUAAAAGACUUGACAGAU